CCCCGCCCGGGCAGCGCAAUCACAGCUAGGUUAGAUUGCCAGACUCCGCGACUUUUGUUUCUCGACGGUUGUCCCUUCCUCCUUUCUACUGCCAUCUCAGCCAGUCGACCUGUUUCUUCUGCUGUGUUUGCCCUCUUGCACUCGCGUCUACCCUCCCGCUUCCCCGUGCCCCGCUGUCUUUCGGCCAGCCCAGAACGCCAAAGCAUCCCUUGACUUUAGAAUUCCACGCGCAAGAAGCGAAGCAGGCGCAUAACCAUCCAAAAUGAGUCUUCACGGUAUGCUCAACAAGCUGCAGGGCCAGCCUGAAAGCUACGAUAAGAAAGCCAAAUACCGCUUUGGCAGGACCCUUGGUGCUGGCACCUAUGGCAUUGUCCGUGAAGCGGAUUGCCCCGACGGCAAGGUCGCCGUGAAGAUCAUCCUCAAGAAGAAUGUGAAGGGAAACGAACAGAUGGUCCUGGACGAGCUGGAGAUGCUUCAGCGCCUGAAGCACCCGCACAUUGUCCGCUUCCACGAUUGGUUCGAGUCUAGGGACAAAUACUACAUUGUCACCCAGUUGGCAACCGGCGGCGAGCUGUUCGACCGCAUUUGCGAGCGGGGUAGAUUCACGGAGAAGGACGCUGCUGAGACUAUCCGCCAAGUCUUGGACGCCGUCAACUACCUCCACCAAAACAAUGUUGUCCACAGAGAUCUCAAGCCUGAGAACCUCCUCUACCUUACGUCCUCCGGCGACUCCUCCCUUGUACUUGCCGACUUCGGUAUUGCUAAGAUGCUCGACUCGCCUACUGAGCAACUGACCACCAUGGCGGGUUCCUUCGGUUAUGCGGCUCCAGAGGUUAUGCUGAAGCGGGGCCACGGUAAGCCGGUCGACAUGUGGUCGCUGGGUGUCAUCACAUACACGCUGCUUUGUGGUUACUCGCCUUUCCGCAGCGAGAGCUUGGCGGAUCUCAUCGAGGAGUGCAAGAACGGCCGCGUUAUCUUCCACGAGCGGUAUUGGAAGGAUGUCAGCAAGGAUGCCAAGGACUUCAUCAACUGCCUUUUGCAGCCCGAGCCCGAGAAGCGCUCUACGAGUGCGGAAGCUUUGGCGCAUGUGUGGCUCAAGGGCGAGACGGCCUCGGACCACAACUUGCUGCCCGAGAUCCGCGCCUACGUCGCCAAGGCGCGCCUCCGCCGUGGCAUCGAGCUUGUCAAGCUUGCGAACCGUAUCGAGGCGCUCAGGAUGCAGGAGGACGAGGAAGAGGACUUGCCCGGCGGAAGCGACAUGCCGGCCAACGCGCGCGAGGCGGCGGGCGAGGCGCUCGACGGACACAAGACUGACCGGUCGCUGGAGACGGCGCAGACGCCGAAGACGCACAAGCGCAGCCUGAGCCGGCUCGCAAGGGGUGCUAUCUUCAGAGAGGUUGUGCUUGCCAAGGUGCGCGAGAUGAAGGACAAGGAGGCCAGGGAGAAGUUUGAGGCCGAGGCCAAGAACCACUGAGGAAACGGGGAUUACUUGCAUUCAUGCACAUUAUUGUUAGGCUAGUUUCCUAGACACACGCUGGCUGCUUUAGCGAUACCCUGUAGGAAUCGGAAACGGAAGG